GCGCUGGGCCGCCUGGCGCCGCCGUUGCUGGCCAAGAGCCUGGAGCCGGUCUCCUGGAGCGCCGCCAACGCCAAAUUCAUGUCCGGCACAGGGCUGGUGAUUUACCCAGAAAUUGGGGACAAGCUGGACAUCAUCUGUCCGAAGGCAGAGCCAUCCAAACCGUAUGAAUAUUACAAACUGUACCUUGUGAAACGGGACCAAGCCGAGUUCUGCAGCACCAUCAUGGACCCAAAUGUGUUGGUGACCUGCAACAGGCCUGAGCUGGAAAUCCGUUUUACCAUCAAAUUUCAGGAGUUCAGCCCCAACUAUAUGGGCUUGGAAUUCAAAAGACACCAGGAUUACUUUAUCACAUCCACGUCCAAUGGGUCCCUUGAGGGCUUGGAGAACCGAGAAGGCGGGGUGUGCCAAACACACUCCAUGAAGAUCAUCAUGAAAGUGGGACAAGAUCCCAAUGCGGUGAUGCCAGAGCAGCUGACCACAAGCCGGCCCAGCAAGGAUUCAGGCAGUGCGGGGAACAUCGCCACACAAAGCCCCCAUCACAGAUUCCCCUCCGUGGUGGAGGUCCCAGGGAAGCCAGACCCUGUUAACCAAGAUGGCCAGGAUACCCAAAGACCAACCGAUGGAUUCUUCAGCUCCAAGGUGGCCGUGUUUGCUGCGAUCGGGGCUGGCUGCGUCAUUUUCAUCCUCAUCCUCAUCUUCCUCAUUGUCCUGCUCAUCAAGAUCCGAAAACGGCAUCGGAAGCACACGCAGCAGCGGGCGGCGGCCCUGUCGCUCAGCACCCUGGCCAGCCCCAAGAGCAGCGGCAACGCCGGCUCCGAGCCCAGCGACAUCAUCAUCCCUUUGCGGACUACAGAGAACAACUACUGCCCUCAUUAUGAGAAAGUCAGCGGAGACUACGGGCACCCAGUCUACAUAGUCCAGGAGAUGCCCCCCCCAAAGCCCAGCUAACAUUUAUUACAAGGUCUGAGGACAAACCUUGCCACCCCCACCGCAAAAGCCCUUCAGGUGCUAGGCGAGAGGAGGAGGAGGAGGGUCUGCUUGCCCCCUCAAGCACUCCCCUCCCUUGAUUAGCAUUUAGCCUUGUAAGUUUGGAGCUUUUGAGACCCAGGAUUUGAGGGUGUGGGGUGUCCUCUUGCUGCCCCCUCCACUCCCAGCGCGCUUUGUGGCCCUCACUUGGGCUCUGUGCCUUUCUCCCUCUUGAACCUACCCGGGAAGCCCCACAAUGGUCGCCGCUGCGCUUUGGGGGUAGAUUUUCCAGCUCCUCGUCAUCAUUUCAUUUGGGGGGAGGGGUCAUUGUUGGGAGGGAAGCCACACCAAGCCUGGCACUCCAAAGGAGCGGGGUCAUGCCAGUCCCUGCGGGGCAGAGCUUUCGGCGUGCUGAGAAAGGAGUCUGCCUAACCCCAUCUUUUAUAUAUAUAUAUAUAUAUAUAUAUAUAUUAUAAUUCUAAAGUAUUUUUUGUAACUUUUUAAAAAAUUGCGAAAGAUUGGACUUGUGAUCUGCCUCCUGCAGUUUCCCAGCACAAGCUCAUCUGCAGUCCUUCCCCCCCUCCCCCUUCCCGCGUCUCGGGCCUCAUCCACUCAUCCCACUGGACAGUCUUGUGCUCUGUGUCUGCUGCGAGAAAUGUGGACCUUUCUUCAUUUUGGUUCUUUUUGCUAAUUUAUGAAACAAAAAACACAAACCUGCAAAGUUUGCAAUGGUCAGAGAACCUAGUUCUGGAAACCAACCAGAAGUGGGUGUCAAGGGGUGGGCUGCUGUUUGUGCCCACCAGAGCAGCUGCCCUCCCAGGCCGUGGCGCAGAUGCGCGAGGGGACUGUGAUGCCCAGGGCAGGGGUCUCCCUGAAUUCCCGAUUCCGUGACCCAGAAGAGGGGAAUGAAGGGAAAGCAUCCAUAGUCCCUUCCAGAAAGCCCAUGAAAGGAAGCUCAGCUUUUGGCUAUUUGGGGAUUCAGGAGGAGGAGGAGCAACAGACCCCCCCUCCCCCCUGCUUGGAUCUGGUCUCUUUAGUGCCCAAUUGCAGAAUGUGGUAAUCAAAAACCCCUUCCCCCACCCCAAUUUCUUUUAUCCAGCCACCCAUCCCAGAGCUCUUCAUUGGUUCGCUUCCUGCCAGUCAUAUUAAUUCUAAUGGUGAUUCCUGUGGCCUGCAAGGGCCCUUCAUGGGAAAGAAAGCCCCUCUGGGCUCAGCUCUCCCAGUGGGUUGCGGAUGUCAGGGGGCAAGUGCCAGCCAAAGCCUCCAGGGAAGGGAAGAGUCCCCCCCAUCUGCCCUGAAGAGGGAGUCUCCCCCUCCCUUGGGGUUCGGAAUGAAGCAGGGGGGGGCAUUCCCCCUCACACCUGCUUGGCUGCAGCAUCCCGGGCUCCACACCCUUCCACGUCCACCUUGCACCUGUCAUGCCAGAAGCCUUACUUUGCACGGAGAGGACUCUGCGCCUCUUGCUCUGCGCUUGCAUGUCUCACCCUCCACGCCUCCUUUCCAUGCACGCCUCCUUCAUCGAACCCGGUUGCAGCUCACUGUCUGCCCCCACCCCCCACCCCAGGCCGACCAGCCCCACAGCAAGGCCCCACGGCCAGCCUUCUGCCUGGCAGCCGACUGCUAGUCUGCCUCGGCCACCCCAGAGAAGAUUGCAUGGCUAGCCCUGUGCGGCCCUCGUUGGCCUGUCUGCCUUCUGGAGACCGACUUUUGCAAUAAACUGGUCCAGUCAGUCAGGGUGGGGUGGGGGUGGGGAUAGAGGGGCUCUUCCGCCUGUCUGACCAGUUGUCCAUCCUCAGAGACAGGCCCUUUGGUCCCUCCCCAUCAGCAUUUCUACGCAGGAUAUGAAGUGGGUGUGUCUGUCCAUCCGUCUGUCCAUCUGUGUAAGGGCUUAGGUUAAUUGUGCACUUUGAGGCGUGUUCAGUAGAGAUCAGCCAAGAAUUCCAAGUUUCUCAGGGCUCCACAGAUAAUCGACAGGUAAUUUUUAGUAGCGGUAGUAAGUAGUAGUAGUAGCAGCUUUUUUUUUCUUUCAAAUGUAAAGACUCUUCCCGUGGCCCCUUAUUAUCUUACACCCAGUGGUAGGGGCCCUUAGAUGGGAGAGGCGUCCCGAAAGGAGGGGCUUUUAGCCAUCUGCCAAAUUGUGGAAGUGGCGUGUCAGAGGUCAAGGUUGGAAGUGCUGACCCUCAUGGGCUCUGGAGCCCUCUGGGGAAGGGAACAGGGACACACACACCCCAGUUGAAAAGAAAGAGACGGGGGAUGGGGGAGGAGGAGAAGAGGGAUUGUAUGAUUCCAAGCAUAAACAUGUAAAUUUUACACAGGGUGCGAGCAAAAAUAGGGAGAGAGAUAAGAUGCCAACUGCAGUCCUUAAUGCAGGCACUCAAGAAAACCAAUUUACAGUCUGGACAUCAUAGGAAUUCGGCACGGAUUAUUUUCCUUGGUGUGCAGAAAUGGAAACCUGGGUGAUGUCCCCCUUCCUGCUCCAC